AUGAACGGGGGAGCAGCACCAGACGAGCACACCGCGCUGCUGGGCAGCGGCGGUCGCAGUGCCAAUGGCAGCCACUCGACGCGCGACUUCUUCUUCAACUCGCAGGUCACCCCGGGCCUCGAGAGCGAAAAGCCAUGGGUCAAGUAUCCCGCCCACGUGUGGCACAUCACAAAGAUGACCCUGCUGAGCAGCCCGGUCAACAUCCUCCUCGUUUGCGUGCCCAUUGGUAUCAUUGCCGGCCAGGGCGGCUGGGACCCGAUCGCCGUCUUCACCAUCAACUUCUUCGCCAUCAUUCCCCUGGCGGCUGUCCUGUCGUUUGCGACCGAAGAGAUCUCUGACAAGCUCGGCGAGUCGCUCGGCGGACUGCUGAACGCGACAUUCGGCAAUGCGGUCGAGCUGAUUGUGAGCAUCAUUGCGCUCCAGAACAACCAGCUCCAGGUUGUCAAGUCUUCCAUGAUUGGGUCGAUUCUUUCCAACAUCCUCCUCGUCAUGGGCAUGUGCUUCUUCUUCGGCGGUAUUGUCAACAUGCGCGACGGCAAUGGUGACGGCACAGAGCAGUCAUUUGCCUCCAUCACUGCGCAGACGACCUCAUCGCUGAUGACACUGUCGGCCGCCUCCAUGAUCUUGCCUGGCACUUACAUGGUGAUACAGCUCUUCAUGAUUAUCAACCCUGCCGAUGACGAAAAGUCGACUCGCCGAACGAUCCUUGCCCUGUCUCGUGGUACUGCAAUCAUCCUUCUUAUUCUUUACGUCAUGUAUCUCUUCUUCCAGCUGAAGACGCACCACAACCUCUUCAGCCUCGAGUCCGCGACGACCCCGCCCGACUCGCAGAACGCUUCCGAUGAGGAGAGCAAUAACGCAAACCACCACCACGAGGACGACGACGAAGAGGAGAAGGAGGAGCACAUGAGCCCGUGGUCGGCUGGUGUCGUUCUCAUUGUGACGACUGUUCUGGUCUCCAUCUGCGCGGACUACCUUGUCGACAGCAUCGACUCUCUAGUGGAGCGCGCUCACAUCAGCCGCAACUUUAUCGGUCUUAUUCUGAUUCCUAUUGUCGGCAAUGCGGCUGAGCACGUUACAGCUGUCGUGGUUGCUGUGAAGAACAAGAUGGACCUGGCCAUGGGAGUUGCUAUUGGCUCCAGCAUCCAGAUCGCCCUGUUUGUCACGCCGUUCCUCGUCAUUCUCGGCUGGAUUAUGGACCGCGACAUGGACCUGCACUUUGAGACUUUUGCUAACCCUCACGUAGUCGAGACUGUCUCUUUCGCGCUAUCCGUGCUUGUCGUCAUCUACACCGUCAUGGAUGGAAAAUCGAACUACCUCGAGGGUGCUAUGUUGAUGGCGCUCUACAUUAUCAUUGCGCUCGCCUUCUUCGUAACCCCUAGCGAGGACUUCGACAACGAGAACGCUACUCUUCUCUCCCACGCCGUGCGCAGCAUCUUUGGGUCUUCCUAG